AUGUCACUGCUCAAGCGCCGUUUGCUAGUUUUGCUGUUUCUUCUUGGUCUUUUCUGCUUCUUAAAUUUAAUUUAUAGUUAUUACGAGGAUAAAGUUAUCAUCAAUUUCUUUCGUCCAGUACUGAGUGUAAAAAAUCAAGAUACCGCCUUUGGAAAGGAUGAUUUACACCUAAGCCAGCACCUUUCGCGCGUUCGAAGAGAGUUUAAGAUGACACUUGAUCAGUACGAAACAUCAGGAGGAGAGUUUGGCAAUAGUAUUAACGCUUUCGGCGUAAACACAUCGUUUUACCAUUCGGAGUUGUAUGGAGAGAUGUUCAAGCUUUAUGGGAAGAAAACUAACACUGCUUGCCGAAAUGCGCUAUUCCUGCUCAUUCAGGUCCAUUCCAGUCCGGAAAAUUUUAUGAGCAGAAAGGCAAUCAGGUUGUCGUGGGGAAAUAUGAAGAAUUUUAUCGGCAAAGGGCAACAAAGUAUCAGCUCAUUGAGGUAGGUAUAUAAAGUACCAAUAAACGUAUCAGUUUCAGCUGCUCAGACUGAUAUAGAAAAGUAAAGUUCACAUUUUAAUUAUUGGGUAAAUUUCGAGUUACGGUCCCCUUAAGAGAAAUCGGACAACGAAAGAAACACAUUUCGCUCCCAUAAAAUGGGCUCGAAUCGUCAUCCUUGAAUUUAUUUUCAUGUUCGCCGUCAAGAUUUGUGUUGGCACCUCAAGACAGCAUCUCUUGGUAGAUCAUGUGAUAUUCGUUACUCUCAUUAUCUUUAUUUCUUGAUCGUGUGUUGAUAAGUCCUAAGUUGAAAUUCCACAUUGCUCCCGCAGGAAGUGAAAAGUAUAGUGAGCACGUAUUCUAAAUAACAAAUUUAUUUAUGUUUAGGAAGUCUACACGCAUGUGCAGUCAGUUUGAUUGUAGUAUCUCUUCAAACACGUACCCACGGUGCCUCUGCCCCAAACAAAUGUAAAACCUGCAAUUUUCAAUCAGAAGAUCUCCUACACGGUAUCCCAAUUCGAUUUUAGAUAAAAGUUUAAUUUUCCGCUGAGGGUGCAUUAGAUCAUUCAGGACAGUAUCCAGUCCGAUAUUGGGAAAAAGUGAAUUAAAGAUUUCGAGACAGCAACGCCCAGGAAAACGUCACUUUGAAUUUUUAUUUCUUUUUGACAUUGGCUCCAUGUAGCUUUCAUGUCUAUUUAUAACAUUUGAAUGCAGCGUUGUGUUCAUCGUAAAAAAGUGACUAAAUUAUCGUCGAGAUUUCUGGUCCAAGAUUAUUUUGGAGAAAAAACCUGGAAUAACCUUGGAAUUAAAAUUUAAUCCUCACAAAGACAUCAAACAUGACAAACACGUGUUGAAAAUCCCUUAACAGAUAAAACACUUCACAACACAAGCGGUGUGAUUAGCUAAUUCUCUACUUAUCAGCCCUCGUAACGCCUUGGUUAUGUAAAAAACUGAAAAAACUUUGUUUCCUAUCCACUCCGCUGUUCAUGUAUCAUAUCAGUUUAAUUUUGAACCCUGACAGAGUCCACUGGUUCCGAGCAUUUUCUUUUUUCAUACCCAGACUGAAUUCCGUAGUCCGUAGUCCAUGGUCCAAAUUUAUUUUUCCGUAAAUACGCACUUCGUCGUCCAUUCUUUACAUCAACUACAUACGCAUUUAAAUUUCAAAUAACAAAUUCAUCCAUAGAAUCCCUGCGGAUAACGUUGGCCUAAUUCAACUGAAUAAAACUGUCACCCAGACUACGUUUACAAUGUUGAUGAAUUUUUCAGCUUUACUGAAGAUGAAUAUGAAGUAUUCUUGACCCCGUAGACAAACUAGAGAAACCAGCUGGAAUCAAACAAAGAGUUCAUUUUGAUCUUCAACUGUAUAAGAAACUUAUUAUACUGAAGAGAUUUCCCGACAGUUUGCGAUUUUUGGAAAAUAUUUAUAACCACACUAUUACUAGUUACAAGAUGCUAAAUAUCAAGCGCCUGAAGCCAUUUGUUCUGGUGAUUUCCAUGUUGUGUUUUUGCGUUAUGGGUGUAUUGACUAUUUUCUUCUCGAGAUACGAAAACAAAGUUCGUGUUUCACGUAAUCUUCCGCAAGCAACCAAGCAGAGCGCUGUUAGCUUCGAUUUGAAGACAAGCCUUGAUCAUCUUCGAAGUAGUUUUGAAAUGUCACAAGAUCAGUACAAUUAUUCAACGAGGAACUUUAGCGAGAAGUUUCGAGAAGCCCGCCUUCGGAGUGAAUUAUUUUACCGCAAACUGGAUUCGCGUAGUAAGCGGCAUUUUGUCUGCAAUAAUGGGCUUUUUCUGCUGAUUCAAGUCCAUUCCAGUCCAGCAAAUUUUAAGAGUCGACAAGGUAUUAGGUUGACAUGGGGCAGCAUGGAACGCUUUAUUGGCCAUGAUCAUCAGGAUGUUAACCGUAACUAUACUUUGAGGUAAGUAUCACUCAUUUGACUAACAAAAGGCUCGGUAAGAAAAAAAAAAAGUAUUGGACUGUUAAAACACUUUACAAGGAAAUCUAGCUGAAAGAAAACAUGGUCAAUACUUAUAAUUUACCGGCGGGAUUUGGUGAAAAAUUUUAACUCUCAAUUUUACGAGAAAUUCCUUUUAAAUUAAGAUCUGAGUUGAAACAAAGGAACAAAAUAAGGUUAAGCUGAGCCGUAUUGAAUAGGAUUAUGAGUUACGUACGUUAAAACUGGAAAAAUUCCCCGCAAAAAUUAGUCAAAAUGAGAAUGCUCUCUUUUUAACCUCUAACUUUAUCAUUCGGAUUUUAGCCCUAAAUACUCGAAUCUUGCACUUAGUUGAAUUAAAAUCAAUUUCCCUAGGAUUUUCUCCACCAAUACAAGUAUUAAUUUAUUUUCAAUACUUGCAACAUUCGAUAACUCCAAAUCAUGCAAGCUAGAAAUUACUUUUCUCCCAUUAGGGUCAAUUCUUUGUAAUGGUUCCUUCGUAUAACCCUUUUGUUGAGGUGCGAUCCCCUGUUUCGUUUUGUCAGAAAAAUAAACUUAGAUGAAAGCGGGUAAAUUGAAAGACAAAAAACUUCACUAUAUUUGUGUUUCAAUUAUUCAAGUGUCUUCUCAGAAGGUGCAAACUUUACUCAGCUGUAAUUCUUUGAAUAACCUAAUUUUGCUAACCAAUGAUAUUCAGUUCCACAAAUUAACAUAACAUCGAACAAAUUCAUCCCUGGCUGCCUGAGAGUCACAAAAUUUCUAUUUGAGUUAUGGACUCCUUCUCAUAAUGAACUUCGCUUUUGACUACGAACCGGGUGCAAGAGUAACAUUUUAUAUUCUCUUGCAAGGUUUCAAUAGGGUUAACCGUCCUACGUCAAAUGAAUGCAUACAUUGUAAUUAACUACUCGAGGCUGAGCGCUUAUUAUAUCUUUUCCUAACUACAGGGUUGGCACCUAUAUUCGAGGUUCGGCGCUUAAUCGAAUAAUUCCGGUAGUUAAGAUACUCAAAUCAUUCAAAAAUAUAAACUUUUUUCCCAUUUUUUCCGUGUAAGCAAAAGAUAAACGUGAAACGUUAAAUCAAUCACUUGAGUACUGUGGCGGCUUUGCAUUACUCGUGCUUUAGGCGUGCAUUAGUAAAUACGGCUAAGAAUUUGCACGUUGAUCAAAAUUUGUUUUGGUUCGCUGCGAAAUUGCAGGUUGGUCGAAACAUAUGAUUUUGGCAGGAGAUGAAUUCGUUCUGUGGUAAGGAAAGAGCCGAACGAUUUGGGGGCCAACUGGUAAAGGUCUGGGCACACUCUUUUUAGGUGACGGGGCGAACUCGCAAAGGUGGAAGGAGUGAACUUGUAAUGGGGCGAAACCACCAUGAACCCAGUAGAGGCUAGAAGAAAUUAUAGCAAGAGUGAUCGGUUGAUCCGGAGAUGUUACUCCUCCUGUGGUAGCGGCAAUAUCCAUAUAUGAAGCAAGCAAGGAAAUUAAGAUAUUUCUGAAACAUUUCUGCACAACACAGGAUUCGUUUCGUCUUGUUCGUUCGUGAAACCAGCUAGUUGAUGAGCAUUUUAAAAACACUUUUCGGCAUCUAACGGUUGGCUUCUUUUCAGAGUCCAAGCCGCCAAAAGAGAUAGAAAUAUUCAUUUAUCAAUUGUAUUUUUUUCUUCUCUUUCAGGUCUUGGAAAACAGUAUUUCUUAUUGGUCAGAGCUCUGACCCCAGAUUGAACGACCUCGUUCUCCAAGAAGCUAACAUCUACAAAGAUAUUAUGAUUGGGUCUUUUAAAGAUACAUAUCGUAAUCUUAACAUGAAGAUGAUCUUUAGCUUGAAGUGGCCGCUGGAGCAAAAGUGUCGCGUCUCCUAUAUUCUUAAGACAGACGAGGAUUGUUACGUGAACAUUUGGAAUCUUCUUCAUUGGCUAAGGAGCUAUCAUGAAGCCAAAGGGUCGCGCCCCCUUUACGCCGGCCGAGUUCAAACAGAGAUGCCAGUUGUACGGGAUACCAAAAGUCGCUACUACGUCUCGGAGGAAGAUCACCCUGCGGAUAUUUAUAAACCGUAUGCUUCCGGAGGAGGAUAUGUGAUAAGUGCAAGUUUACUUCCGGCACUUGUCAAUGUUUCACGAACAUCACCGAUCUUUGCGAAUGAAGAUGCGCUACUCGGUUCGCUGAUGUACCGGAUCGGAAUACAAUGGACCGACAACCAGAAAUUUUUACCACUCAUAUUUUGUUCUCAUUUGAACAAGUACCGUUUUCGAGACAUGCACAUGUCCGGUUUAUCGAGACAGAUCAUUUUGCAUGGCAUAAGAGGCAGGCUGCAACUAGAAAUGCACUUUAAUAGCGCCUUGUAUAAUCACUUUCCAUCGUUGUGUUCCUCGCAUAUGAACUACGAAGACAUGCGGGACGUGUGCGAAUGA